AUGCCUGCAUGCCGAUUGCCGAAAAGUUGUUUUGCAAAUUUUUAAAGUUUUAAGUUUUGUUUUGAUAAUUUUUAAUCACAAUUCAUGCACAUUAAUAUUAAAGAAUUUGAUACCACAAAAUGUGUAAAGGGGCCAAACAGGAAAUAGCUUUGAAGUUAGCAAAAUAUUUUUUGAAUGGAUUACUGAUAUUCGAUUUAAAGCCCGAAGAAAUUGAAAACUUAACUUGGGACCAACAAGAAGAAUUUCUCACAUUAACCAUUAACAGUUCAAAGUUCACAAAAUACCCCAUGAACAAUCAAUUUUGUAGGCUGUUCUUAAAAAAAUUGAUAAAUUUGUUACAAGAUAAACAAGACAUUCAUGAUGAUAUUUAUAAUUAUUUAUGCACAUCAAUGACUGGGAAAAAUCAUGAAUAUUACUAUUGUCACUAUGUUAUUUAUAAAAAUUUAGAGAACACUGUAAUUAUCAGGGAAACGAAAAAUAUGGUUGUAGAUGGAACAACUGGAUUCAGAACUUGGGAGGCAGCAUUUAUGUUGUGUGACUGGGCUUUAUGUAACAAAAACUUAUUUAGCGGAAAGAAUGUUUUGGAGCUUGGUUCUGGUGUUGGAUUCACUGGUAUUGCCAUGUUCAAAUACUGCAACAUUGAUUCAAUGAUGAUGACCGAUCAUCAUUUGGAUGUGUUAAAAACAAUAGACCACAAUAUAUCCAUUAAUUUUCCAAACAUGUUACAAGAAUCAACUCAAGACUUUAUUUAUAAGGAAGGAAAGAAAUCAAUAGGUGCUAUUAUGCUAGAUUGGACCCAAGCUGAUGAAAUACCAAAACAUUUAGUACCAGAUAUAGUUAUUGGAGCGGAUAUUGUGUACGACCCCUCAAUAUUGCAACCACUUUGUGAUGUAUUCCAAGUAUUUUUUAAGAGAAAACCGCAUUUAGAAAUAUACAUCGCUAGUAUUAUAAGAAAUGAAGAUACAUUCAAUAAAUUUAAGGAAACCCUAAGAGCAUCAAGUUAUAAUUUUGAGACAAUCCCAUUUUCAGAAAAUAUUAAUUUGAAUUGGAAUAGUAAUAUUAAUGGCUGCCUUUUAAAAAUAACAAAGACUAGUUGACAGAAAUAAGUAAAUAACUACCUACCUAAAUAUGUGAAACAA